GGACAUAUACUCUAUGUCCCGCCUACGAGGCGUGGUGAUGUAUCGUUUUACCACAGAUGCUGCAUUGGUGGAAGUAUCAAACGGCGGCGAUCCGGUCCAGGCCAUGGGGGGAACUGAUGCCAUGGUCUGAAACGUGAGAUUGAGAGAGAGAGCGAGUGAGGUGCCCACUCAACGCUCGAACAGUGGCGUGUGAGAGGACAGCAGCCAUGCCACCCCACUCUGACAUUGUCAAGGUGGCCAUCGAGUGGCCCGGCGCCAAUGCCCAGCUCAUCGAGAUUGACCAGAAGAAGCCUCUGUCCUCUAUCAUACGGGAGGUGUGUGAUGGCUGGUCUCUGUCUGGCUCUGAGCAGUUUGCCCUGCGUUACGCUGACGGUCCUCAGCUCUACAUCACUGAACAGAGCCGUAGUGAAAUGAAGAAUGGGACCAUCCUUCGAUUAGCCAUAUCUCCCGCCCGUGCAGCACGGCAGCUCCUGGACAGGAUCCAGUCUCAUGGCAUAGAUGCCCGCCUGGAGGCCCUGAAGGAGCUGGCCAAGCUGUCAGCUGACCCCACCUUUGCCACCGAGUUCAUCAACAUGGAGGGCAUCGGGACCCUGGCGCGCCUGGUGGAGAGCGGCACCCACUUUGGAGAGAUGCUGGCCUUCACUCUCACUGCCUUCCUGGAGCUGAUGGACCAUGGAAUAGUGUCCUGGGACCUCAUCUCUCUGUCUUUCAUCAAACAGAUUGCGGGCUAUGUGAACCAGCCAAUGGUGGAUGUGUCAAUCCUGCAGCGCUCUCUGGCCAUCCUGGAGAGCAUGGUUCUCAACAGCCACAGCCUCUACCACCGGGUGGCGCAGGAUAUCACUGUUGGACAGCUCAUCGGACACCUGCAAGUAUCCAAUCAGGAGAUCCAGACGUAUGCCAUCGCACUCAUCAACGCCCUCUUCCUCAAGGCACCGGAGGAUAGACGGCAGGAAGAGCAUAAUAACCCCCUGGACCAGCGGCUCACUGAGAUGGCGAGCACCCUGGCCCAGAAACACCUGCGAUCCAUCAUCCUCAAUCACGUUAUCCGAGGCAACAGACCAAUCAAAGCCGAGAUGGCGCACCAGCUCUACGUGCUGCAGGUACUGACCUUUAACCUUCUGGAGGAACGCAUGAUGACCAAGAUGGAUCCCAGCGACCAGGCCCAGAGGGACAUCAUUUUCGAGUUGCGCAGGAUUGCGUUUGACGGGGAGAACGACCCCAGUGGCACGGAGAAGAGAAAGGCCAUGUACACCAAGGACUACAAGAUGCUGGGCUUCACUAACCAUGUGAACCCUGCCAUGGACUUCACGCAGACCCCUCCAGGGAUGCUGGCCCUGGACAACAUGCUCUACCUGGCCAAGCUGCACCAGGACACCUACAUCAGGAUUGUUCUGGAGAACAGCAGCCGCGAGGACAAACACGAGUGUCCUUUUGGUCGCUGUGCCAUCGAGCUCACUCGUAUGCUGUGUGAGAUACUACAAGUGGGAGAAUUGCCCAACGAAGGCUGCAACGACUACCACCCCAUGUUCUUUACUCACGACCGGGCGUGGGAGGAGUUCUUCUGCGUCUGCAUCCAACUGCUCAACAAGACCUGGAAGGAGAUGAGGGCCACGGCUGAGGACUUCAACAAGGUGAUGCAGGUGGUUCGGGAGCAGAUCACCCGGGCUCUGGCCAUGAAGCCCUCGUCCCUGGACCAUCUGAAGGGUAAACUGCGAGGCCUCAGCUACUCUGAGAUCCUGCGUCUGCGCCAGUCGGAGAGGAUGAGCCAGGACGACUUCCAGUCACCACCCAUUAUUGAGCUACGCGAGAGGAUUCAGCCAGAGAUCCUGGAGCUGAUCAAGCAGCAGAGGCUCAACCGCCUGUGUGAGGGAAGCUGCUUCCGCAAGCUGGGCAACCGCCGCAGACAAGAGAAGUUCUGGUUCUGCCGCCUGUCUCUGAACCACAAGGUGCUGCACUAUGGAGAUCUGGACGAGUCUCCCCAGGGGGAAGUGCCCCUUGAGCUGCUCACCGACAAGAUCCCCGUGUCUGAUAUCAAGUCUGUGGUGACGGGGAAGGACUGCCCCCACAUGAAGGAGAAGAGUGCACUGAAACAAAACAAGGAGGUUUUAGAGCUGGCCUUCUCCGUCCUGUACGAUCCUGAUGAGAACCUCAACUUUGUGGCCCCCAACAAAUAUGAGUACUGUGUCUGGACUGAUGGGCUGUGUGCGUUGCUGGGCCGAGAGAUGGGCAGUGACCUCACCCGCAGCGACCUGGACACGCUCAUCUCCAUGGAGAUGAAGCUCCGCCUCCUGGACCUGGAGAACAUCGCCAUACCCGAAGCCCCUCCCCCUGUGCCAAAAGAGCCCAGCACUUACAACUUCACCUACAACUACGGCUGAGGGGUGUGUGUAAGGCCGGUUUGUUUCAUUUUGUUUCAUAAUUCAUCACUUCAUGGCCGUACCAACUUUUGUUAAAUAAGCUCUGUGUGUUUUGAACAGUUACAGCUGAGCCCCAAUAUCGCUUCAUGCAUCGUCAUAACAAUAGAACCAGAUCUGUUUGAACUGACACAUCACGGCCCAGGGUCUUUUCCAAGGUGUUGUAUUCAAGCCACUCCCCGUGUCUGCUCAUCCUCUAAUUCAGUACUAAUCAAUAUUAUUGAUGUUUGUUAUGCAGAAUCUGAUUAUAUUUUUGUAAAUGACUGAACUCAGACUCAGCUUUGAAGAGAAGGAACAUUGUUCUAGCAACCUACUAAUUUUACUUUAAAAAAUUGUGGUUUAGGGCACAAAAGAUUGAGCUAGGUAUUAAAUUGACAGAGGUAUCAGAGAAAGCAGUAAGCCAUUUGAUGGCUUAUCACAUAUUAGUCUUCUAUAAUUAUUAUACUUUGCACAGUCAAACUCAGUUGCCAAAUGGUGAUCUGUAUGUGGAGACAUUUAACACUAAACAAAAUGGACCUUUUACCACGCAAACACUCUGAAGUCACAUAUUCUCUGGAAUUAUUAGGUUAGGAGAUGGCCAAAAUGCCUCGUAACAUGAAUCCUCAAUGGUCAAGGUGUCAAAUAUUGAAUAAUGUGUUUUUGUUGUAUCUUGCACUGCUGAUGAAAGUAACAAGAAAUGUGCUCAGUAUACGCUAUUGGAGUUUGGUUACACUGUACGUAAAUGAAUAGGAUUCAGUGGUCUUGUAUUGCAAGUUAUUUGUAAAAGGGUUCUACCUUUGUAAAGGGGUUCUGAUAUUUGAUGUCCCAUUGUUCAUAGUACACAAUCUAAAAGGGAUGUUAUGUCAAAGACAUCACUGUCAAAAGCUUGUAGCUGCUUAGAGAAUUCUACAAAAUGCCACAUUGAACAAAGUCGGGUUGCUAAUGGACACCCCAACAGUAUGGAGACUUCUGAAGAGGCUUAAGCAUUAGGUACUCUUUAACAUGACAUGCUAAACCAUGACUGUGUUCAGGCUAGUGCUG